UUGGAAAACAAAGAAAAGAAAAGGACAUACUUUAACCAAAUUAAUAUUUCCCCUAAUUUUCGCCAAUUUGAGAGACAAACUCCUCAACCUCCUAUGAAAUAAAUCAAGAUUGCUCCCUCAAAUCUUCCAACAUAAACAAAAAAUCUAGCCAACCAUAUAAUUAAUGAACUAAUUAAUUAAAGUGCCCAAUUAAAAAAGAUGUAAUUAAAUUUUAUUCUUCCAUCCAAACAAUACCUAGUUUAAGCCUAAAUUUCUCAUCCAUUUUCACACAAAAAGAAACACAUUUUUCUCUCUCUAAAAAUGUCAAGUGAAUCAGUGACUAUUGAGGGAAGUGAUGGAAUUAAUCUUAGGUCAAGAAUCUUUAAACCCAACAAAGAUAUCAAAGAUGAUGAUUUGGGUAUUGUAUUGGUUCAUCCAUACUCAGUUUUAGGAGGUUGUCAGAGUUUAUUGAGAGGAAUGGCAACUGGGUUAGCAAAUGCUGGUUAUUUGGCUGUUACUUUUGAUAUGAGAGGGGUUGGUAGGUCAACUGGUAGUAAAUCAAUUUCUGGGUUUUCUGAAGUCAAGGAUGUUGUUUCUGUUUGCAAAUGGGUUUGUGAAAAUCUCUCUGUUCAUAGGAUUCUGCUUGUGGGUUCUUCUGCAGGUGCACCAAUUGCAGGUUCAGCUGUUGAUCAAGUCGAGCAAAUAGUCGGUUAUGUGAGUAUAGGAUACCCAUUUGGUUUGAUGGCCUCAAUCCUCUUUGGAAGGCACCAUAAAGCUAUUUUGCAGUCUACAAAACCAAAGCUUUUCGUUAUGGGAACUCGAGAUGGUUUUACCAGUGUCAAACAGUUGCAGAAUAAGCUAAGCUCGGCUUCAGGCCGUAUCGAGACUCAUCUUAUUGAAGGUGCUAGCCAUUUUCAGAUGGAAGGUCCUGAUUUUGAUUCUCAGAUGGUUGAUUUGAUUUCCAGGUUUGCAGAAUCUAUUUAGGUAACAGGAAAAUGGUAACAGAGUGAAAUUUUGAUUUCCUGCAAAUGUAGUAGUAGAUUCAGAAAACAGGAAAAUGGUGGAAAACUGGUAAAUUUGGUAAUGUGCAUUACAUACUAGACAUUUCUGAAA